AUGAAUAUACCACCAGAAUUGACCUUUGAAGUUUUGGUGCGACUUCCAUUGAAGAGCCUCGCAAGAUUCAGAUCAGUUAGGAAAGAAUGGAAACUGGUCAUCGACUCCGAAUUCUUCCGAGAUUGCUUCAUGUCUCACAACUCUUCCUCAGUCUCAUGGUCAAUCAUCCAAACGAGACCUCACAAACUGACACUUGAAAUCGUUGGUCACCAUGGAUGCAAAACAUGGGGACUUACUCGUUCUCCAGGAUCUUUAGUGGGUUUCUUUGCCGACACCACAAUCAAGAGACUACGAGUCUUAGCUUGUACCGAUGGGUUGGUCCUUAUUUACACAGAAACUAGCUAUGGAACUCCAAUGCAUUACGUUGGUAAUCCUCUGUUUCAAGAAUGGUGUCCAAUCCCUCUCCCUUCUUACUUCUAUUUGCAAAGUGUUGAGAGAAUACGUAAUCACCAGCGUUUCAACGACAGUGCAUUGGUUAUAAAGAUGCAGAGUGGUGCCGUUGUGAGUUACAAGGUUGUGUGGUUGUUCCCUCGCAAUAGUACAACCAUCGACUUUUUGAUUUACUCAUCUGAUACUGGCAUGUGGGAAGCUCGAAUUGCGACUUGUCUUCAUUCUUCCUUCUGGUUUAGUCAUCACAAGCCGAUUGCUUUGAAUGGGAUUCUUCAUUGGCUUUGCAAUUUCAGCACUUCUUUUGUAGCUUACGAUUUCUAUGGAGGUCAUGAUGAUUAUGCAUGUCAUAUCAUAUCUUUCCCUGAUUGUGAAAAAGAUGAUGAUCAGUUACGGCGUUUUAGGAGAACAUUGUCGACCUCGGAUGGGUCUAUUGUCUACUUCAACGAGUUUGGUGAGAACGGAAACCGAAGAUUACGUGUUUGGAGGCUGGUCAAGUACACUGGUGGUCCUGAGGCGUGGCAGCUCUUUUGGGAAGUCAGCUUGGCGUCUGUGACCAAGCUAGGUAUCGAUUACUUCCCGGUGGUGAUGCAUCCUUUGAAGUCUGAGAUCAUCUACUUGUGGAGCAGAAACAAGAAAGGUAUGGUUUUGUUUAACUUGAGGACUAAUGUGUUUAGUCUUCACAAGGAAUCCGAGGACGAGACCAAGUGUAUGGAUGGUUGCACCUUGAGCUUUAACAGGUGCAGCGAGUAUAUGGAGACUAUCCAUAACUAUGGUGGUCCUAACUAUCUCCUCGCUUCACAGUAUGUUCUUCCUCGUUGGCUGCACCGUCUCCCUCGUCCGCAGCCUUCUUAG